UAUUAUUAUUACAAUAAUAAUAAAAAGUGCAUGUAAAUAGAAAGUGUUAUAUAUAUAUUUAUACACUUGAUUUUCGGAAAGAUGGAUCCGACCCUUAUUUGUCUUUAUUAUUAAAAAAUCAUUAAUUUCAUUUAUCCUUUCUUUCUUCUUUUAUCUUUUUUUUUUAUAUAUACACAAAAAACAUAUGGGUUAUUCCAAUCAACAAAAGCUAAAGAUUAAGUCCCAUGAAGGUAAAAGAUAGUCAUUACCUGUUUGAAUGAUUAAUCAUAUUAUGAUUCAUAUAGCAAACAAUCGACCUAAAAGAAAAAGAAUUACACCAAGUCAACUUGAAGUGUUAACAAGCAUAUUUGAACGUAUAAAGACACCUAACUAUCAAUUAAGAGAAAUGACAGCAAGAGAAUUAAACAUGACAAACCGUGAAGUUCAGGUUUGGUUUCAAAAUAGACGAGCCAAAUUAAAUCGUAAGAAGGCUCAAGAGAAAGAAUAUUUCUUUCAUUGGUCAUCCAAUUAUUCUAAAGAACACUAUCAAGCAACACCUACAACAAGUGGUAAUAAUAGCAGUACUAGUAGUACCAGCAAUAGCAGCAACAGCAGUCAAUCCAGUGUAACCUCAUCUAUAGCAUCAACGCCAACCACUCUUUAUUCACAAAUACCUCCUCAAAUGAGACCGAUUGAUAUACUAGCACUUGCAGCAGAAUAUGUCCAAAAUUGUGAUGAAGAAAAGAGAUUGUCUGAAGAAAGAAGAAAGAGUUGGAGACCUUGGGAUUCAUAAUACAUGUCAACUUCUCUUUAUGUAAAUAACAACAAGAUCAAUCGUAUACAUACUUAUAUGUGUAAUAUACAAGCUUAUUUUAAAUAAAAAAAUUUCCCUUUAAACAGAUCAGC